CCAUCUCAACUCAGAGCCGCGCGCCACAGCGCAGUAGUCAAACAGCCGAGCCGGGAGCCAGAAACCGCUGCGGGGACGCACACUCUGACCGCGGCUCUGCGCAACCAGGACCCGCCUGCAGGCGACUCUAAACGCGCGUGCCAAGAUAAACGGAACUUCUCUAUUUAUUCCCCCUGUCUCCGCUUGGACUGAGAGAAAGCGAGUUUUACAGACCUGAGAGGAGGACCGACGAGCUGGCACCAGCCUCACCGCCUGAGGAACCCUACGUUUGCCGGGGUGUCUUUCCGUGCGUAAAAGGAUGGUGAGCGCCAGGUGUCCUAAUAGACUGGUCCUCCUCCCCCUCCGGUAAUCUUGUGCGGGGACUGAAGCUGAGAUUGGGGGGAGGAGGGUCGCUUUGCCAUUAUCUUCACCAUCUUCGACACUCCAUCUUUUGGAGUGCCCGCUGGCACCGGUUGGCAUGAGACUCUCCACAGCGGCGGCGCUCCUCACCGGCUUCAUGUUGGCUUUCUCGCCGGCGUACGACAGCUGUGGACCGGGCAGAGGUUACGGCAAGAGACGGACUCCAAGGAAACUCACGCCUCUCGCCUAUAAGCAGUUCAGCCCGAACGUUGCCGAAAAAACGCUGGGAGCCAGUGGGAGAUAUGAGGGGAAGAUAACCCGCAACUCCGAGCGCUUUAAAGAGCUCACGCCCAACUACAACCCAGACAUCAUCUUCAAGGAUGAGGAGAACACAGGUGCGGACCGCAUGAUGACGCAGCGAUGUAAGGAUAAGCUGAACUCUCUGGCCAUCUCAGUGAUGAACCUGUGGCCUGGCGUGCGUCUGCGAGUGACGGAGGGCUGGGAUGAGGACGGCCAUCACUCUGAAGAGUCUCUGCAUUAUGAGGGCAGGGCGGUUGACAUCACUACCUCGGACCGCGACCGGAACAAGUACGCCAUGCUGGCCCGUCUGGCGGUGGAGGCCGGCUUCGACUGGGUCUACUAUGAAUCCAAAGGCCACAUACACUGCAGUGUUAAAUCAGAGCACUCAGUAGCAGCAAAGACAGGUGGCUGUUUUCCUGGACGAGCUUUGGUGACAAUGAAGGACGGCGUGGAAAAACCAAUCCGGGAUUUACAAACUGGGGACCUUGUUUUGGCCUCAACUGAAAGUGAUGGGACAGGUGAGCUCGUCUACAGCGAAGUCCUCACCUUCCUGGAUCGUAGCCCCAUUACCCAGAAGCACUUUUACGUGAUCAGGACUGAGGAUGGGGCCAGCGUCUCCUUAACGGCAGCUCAUUUACUGUUUGUCUGGGUUGGGAACUGCUCCAGCAGGGGACAGCCAAAGCCUGGAUCUGGAUCUCUCCAGACCAUAUUUGCCAGUGAUGCCCAGCCAGGGCAGUGUUUGCUGAUUGUUGAUGAAGGGGAACUCAGGAAGGGUGUUUCACGGAUCACUCGAGUGGAGGUGCAGGAGGACUGGGGGGCUUACGCACCGCUUACUGCCCAUGGGACUUUGGUGGUGAAUGGUGUGAUGACCUCAUGCUACGCCGCGGUGAAUGAACAACGGCUAGCUCACUGGGCAUUUGCACCUCUACGCCUGUUGUACAGCUGGAACGGACCGGAUCGGAUUUUUAAGAAUGGCUUACACUGGUACUCUCAGGUCCUACUCAGUGUGGGAACACUACUGCUAGACUCAGAACUCUUCCACCCUUGGGCCUUAGAAAAUCACGAAAGAUGAUGGAUUAAAAGCGAACUCCGAGAUGAAAUGGAAAUGACUGAAUGCUCAGGGUUUAUGACUUAAAGGAUUAGUUCACUUCCAGAAUAAAAAAAUCCUGAUAAUUUACUCACCCCCAUGUCAUCCAAGAUGUUCAUGUUCUUUGGUUGAAAAGAAAUUAUGGUUUUUGAGGAAAACAUUCCAGGAUUUGUUUUCUUCAUAUAUUGAACUUCAGUGGUGGCCGAUAGGUUGAAGGUCCAAUUUGCAGUUUCAAUGCAGCUUUAAAUUCCAGCCGAGGAAUAAGGGGUCUUACCUAGCGAAACGAUUUGUGAUUUUCUAAAAAAAAUUAAAUUUAUAUACCUUGCUCUACAAUGCACAUGUGUGUCUUCACAUGUGAUUAGUUCUUCAUUUGUGUACUUCAGUUCAAAAAGGUAGGGGGCGGCGAAAAUCUCAUCUCAUUUUUUCCUCAAACUUCAAAAUCGUCAGACAUUGUUGUUUUAUUUGUUUUUGUAAAAGCUGCUUGACUUUCUUUGUAUGUUCACUUUGUAAACACUGGGUCAGUACUUCCGCCUGUGUCACACGUGUGAUUACGUAAUGCGUGAGGUCACACUAGUGCAAGAUGUGCAUUUGUGGUUAAAAAGUAUACAAUUUUAACUUUUUUUCAGAAAACGACUAAUCGUUUUGCUAGAUAAGACCCUUAUUCCUUGACUGGGAUUGUGUCCUUUGAAGCUACAUUGAAACUGCAAUUUGGACCUUCAACCUGUUGGCCACCAUUGAAGUCCACUAUAUGGAGAAAAGUCUUGGAACGUUUUCCUCAAAAACCUUAAUUUCUUAUGACUGAAGGAAGACAGACAUGAACAUUUUGGAUGACAUGGGGGUGAGUAAGUUAUCAGGUAAUUUGUAUUCUGGAAGUGAACUAUUCCUUCAAGGGGAUAGUGCUAAGUUAAUGUGUACCGAAAGCAGACUUUUUAAUGACGAAAGGUGAAGUGUGUGAAUUCUGUGCAACAAGCAGAAUUGCAAAAAUAAUAUAUAAUGCCCAUUGAUGCAGAUAGUCCAACUUCAAACUCAUGCCAUGGACCCUUUUUCACAUUUCCAGGGUUCUCAGAUCCCAAAAAAAUGUAAACUCCUAUGAAGUGCUGCAAGAUGACAUAUUUUUGUAGGCCAAAACAAGUUCUCAAUGGGUUUUUAAAAAUGGUUUAUUGGUUAAAUGCCUGAAAUUAAAGGGACAGUUCACCCAAAAAUGAAAGUUCUAUUAAUUACUAGGGCUGCCCCCUAGUAGUCGACUAACCGUUAGUCAACAAGAAUAGGCUUGGUCGACCAAAAUUUUAUUAGUCGCUUAUUCAGAGAAAAAAAAUCCACAGGAAGUGGCAAAGUUAUGCAGUCUGUGACGGAUCGUUAACCACUCUAUGUGGUAAUACAGUACAUUGGGCAGGACAUCCAAAUGCUCACCUAUUAUUCAUCGACCUCAAAUAUGACUUAUCAUCUAAAAUAUGCAAGUAGUAGCAACUUUACAUGGUUGCACAAUCUAAUGUAAACUAAAAAAUAUGCGCUACUCAAGUGUAAGUGUGGAAGCUGAAUAGUAGCGCACUCACUGCAUGACAGAUGGAGACGCCGGUGCGGUCACUUGCUCCUAAAAUACUAAAAUACUCAUUUUUGGUCAUACGGAUAAAAGUAAUACAUCUUUCGAAUCUAUAAAGACUCUGUCUAUUUGUGUGCACUUACAAUAACAAUGAAAUGUUGUGCUUUUGUAAAAUAAUGAAUGCAGACAGUAUGCGCUUUCUGCCAUCUCUGUCUCUGUGAACUUGAGGUCAUCACUUCGAAACUCUGUGUAAAAAUAUAUCUAUAGAAAGCGAAAUGUCUACUUUUAAAUGAGCUAAUUCGAAGCUUUAGUCAACGGCAGCCCUAUUAAUUACUUACCCUCAAUGUCGUGUCAAACCCAUAGGACCUUCACUCAUCUUCAGAACACAAAUUAAGAUAUUUUUGAGGAAAUCCGAGAGCUUUGUAGUCCUGCAAAGACAGCAAUGCAACUGACACGUUCAAGGCCCAGAAAGGUAGUAAGGACAUUGUUAAAAUAGUCCAUGUAACAUCAGUUUUUCAACCGUAAUGUUAUGAAGCUACAAAAAUACUUUUGUGUGCAAAGAAAACAAAAAUAACAACUUUGUUUAACAAUUUCUUCUCUUCUUUGCUGGUCUUUGAUGUGUGUUCACGAGAGUACCACAAGCUUGUCUUCUUUAAUAAUCUGAAAAAUCCUAUUGGCAUUUCUUGAGGGAAUCAGAGUGAUGCAAACUUUAGGGUUGACCUACAAAAAUAUGUCGUCACUGCAGCACUCUAUGCAUUUAGCAUCAUCCCAUUGAAUAAAAAGGUCCAUUGGUUGAGUCAGUAUUGCCGCGUCAGAUUUGUCAAGAUGCGCAAACAAAUGGAGCAAUGUCAGUGUUUACACUUUUUGGGAGAAUCAUCAUACUUAUAGCUGUCUCAUAAGCGAGAAUAAAAAAAGUAUUUCACAUUGAAAAAAAUUCCACACAUCACCUUUAACUGUAAAGAACAGAUGACAAACUGACCUCUUGUCUUGCUUCUUACAGAAAUGCGAGAGACCAAACAUUAUGUGCCUUAUAUUUGUUCGCUAUUCCCGUAAUCCAGUCUCUUUCCUCGUUAGAUUGUCAUUAGUCUUAAAACGUUCUGUUAAACUAUUUUUUACAAGUGCUUGUUAUAUCGUUAAGGUAAUAUAAGGUAUUCAGGUAAAGUAUUUAAAAUCUAUUUUUGAAAUUAAACUUUAUACAAAUUAUUUAUUUUGCAUCAUAUUUGCUCAUAUUUCUUUAAUUCAAUGAUUUGUCAUCUGUUGGAUGUUUUGUCUGUCUCAGUGGUCCUCCAAUUUGAUCCCCCUUUUUUUUUUCCAGGACAAUAUUGGAAAGCCCUUCUGUCUAAGCUGAU